UGAGCAAGACCUGCCAGCAGAGCUCACUGGAGCAGGGAGACAUCCCGUCAUCCUUUUGGCACCUGACAAAAUCAUCACAGCAGCCGAAGUUGCUGUGCAGAGGGAGGAGAUCCCCCGAGCAUCAGGCCUCAACCCGUCACAGAGGGAGGUUAUCCUCCAAACAGCCAGUGUCCCUGUACAGACGGAGGGGAUCCUCCAAACAGCCAGUGUCCCUGCACAGAGGGAGGGGAUCCUCCAAACAGCCAGUGUCCCUGUACAGAGGGAGGGUAUCCUCCAAACAGCCAGUGUCCCUGUACAGACGGAGGGGAUUCUCUCAGCAGCUAGCAUCACUGUGCAGAGGGAGGAGAUCCUCCAAACAGCCAGUGUCCCUGCACAGAGGGAGGGGAUCCUCCAAACAGCCAGUGUCCCUGCACAGAGGGAGGGGAUCCUCCAAACAGCCAGUGUCCCUGUACAGACGGAGGGUAUCCUCCAAACAGCCAGUGUCCCUGUACAGAGGGAGGGGAUCAUCCAAACAGCCAGUGUCCCUGCACAGAGGGAGGGGAUCAUCCAAACAGCCAGUGUCCCUGCACAGACGGAGGGUAUCCUCCAAACAGCCAGUGUCCCUGUACAGAGGGAGGGGAUUCUCUCAGCAGCUAGCAUCACUGCACAGAGGGAGGAGAUCCUCCGAGCAUCAGGCCUCAUCCCGACACAGAGGGAGGGGGUUCUCUCAGCACCUAGCAUCAUUGCUCAGAGGGAGGAGAUGUUCCGAGCAUCAGGCCUCAUCCCGUCACAGAGGGAAGGGAUUCUUCCAGCAUCUUCUAUCACUGCGCAGAAGAAGAAGAUCCUCAGAGCAUCAGGCCUCAUCCUUGCACAAAAGGAGUUGAUCCUCCUGAUGGCCAGUGUCACUGCGCAGAGGAAGGGAAUCGUCCCAAUGGCCAGCGUCCCUGCGCACAGACAGGGGAUUGUCCCAAAGGCAAGUGUCUCUGCUGAGAUGGAGGGGAUCUUCCAAACAGCCAGUGUACCUGCACAGAGGGAGGGGGUUCUCCCAGCAGCUAGCAUCACUGUGCAGAGGGAGGAGAUCCUCCGAGCAUCAG